AUGGCAAUGGCUUCUCUUCAACCUUCAUGGCUCUCUUCUCUCGGUCUCUUUCCCUCCUCAAACCCCCACCAUUCGAAGUCAUUCAAGCUCUUCUCCUCUCUCAACUCACCAAAUCCACCCGAAACGACGACGCCCCCAGUCGACCCUGCCAAGUCGUAUAAGAAGAACCCAAGUCCCGCGAACAGGGAAUUGCCUCCUGCUCUUAAGACUGCAAUGGAGAGAGCAAAAGAGUAUAAGCAAAAGAAGAACAACGUUACUAACACAAAUCCAGGUGGUGAGAGUGUCAAGGGGAAAUUGUCAGUGUCGAGCAUGGAUUUUGUGGGACUUGGGUUUGCGGAUAAGAAGGAGGGUAGGGCAGUGCCAGCUGGAUUGGUUCCAUUUACAGACGAUUUUGCGGAGGGGGACAAGUUGCCUGAGGUUGAGAUUAUUGUUGGGGACUCUAGUAAUUUCGGUGCAAGGACAAGCAAGCCUGAGCAACAGGCUCAAGGAGAUGACCCGGAUCUUUACAAGCCCAGGGUUUCCUCAUGGGGGGUGUUUCCCAGACCUAAUGACAUUUCGAAAACGUUUGGUGGUGGGCGAGUUAUACGCCCCGGGGAAGUGCUUGAAACAGAGGAAGAAAAAGCUGCUAAAGAGGCACGAACAAGACAAUUAGUUGCUGCUUACAAGAGUAAAAUGGGCUUGAACAUUGAUCCAAAGCUCAGACUGGACUGUGAGAAGACAUUAAAGGAUGGUGACUCAUUGAUGAACGUUGGAAAGCUAAAGGAAGCAUUACCCUACUAUGAGAAAGUUAUGGACAAGUUACCGUUUAAGAGUGAUCUUCAUGGGCUUGCUGCUUUACAGUGGUCUAUUUGUCAAGACUCCCUGAGUAGGACAAAAGAAGCUCGAAAUAUGUAUGAAAGGCUUCAGUCCCACCCAACUGCUAGAGUAAGCAAGAAAGCAAGGCAAUUUAUGUUCAGCUUUCAGGCCAUGGAAAUGAUGAAGCUUACAAAGGCCUCACCUUGGAGGAACACCGACUACCAGAAUUUUUUCGAAGCAUUCAUUGACAACAAAUCUGACUAUGUGCUGGAAGAUGGUGAAGUCGAAGUAGGUACUCUGAGUCAGAUUCUCCCUUAUAUUCUUUUCCUUGUUUCUCCGAUUUUUAUAGUGUUACUCAUUGCCAUACAAAAGAGAAUAUAAAGGUGUACAUAGAAAUUAGCUACUAGUGAAACCAAAUUACCAAUUAUACCGUUCUAACUGUAUAUAUCUGAAACAUGACUUCAAAAUAAGACUAAUGGAGCAAUGCUUAUAUUCAAUACAGUGAAGCUUCUCCGAUUGUAAUUCACG